CUGGAGAGUAAAAGGACAGAAGAAGAGAGGCUAGAGGAAGAACGCUAGCAGUUAGCCUAACCGUUAGACUAACGCAAUUUAUCCAAUGUCUGGCUAGGUUUGGUGGCUAUUGCGAAGAAAUUCUUAUGCAGGGAAAGAAAAGGAAGGUCAUAUCUGAGUUUUCCUGACAGAGACUAACUAUUUUUCUAACGCUAUGGAGAAACAGUUGCAUUUGAACCUGCUAGCCUCCAGACCUCCAAUGGCAGGUGGUUUUCAGUCCAGCUCUAAAAUGAAAAUGGGACCUGGGCGGAAGAGAGAUUUCACCCCUCUGCCCUGGAGUCAGUACUUUGAAACCAUGGAAGAUGUUGAGGUGGAAAAUGAAAAUGGCAAAGAUAUUUUCAGAAUUUACUGCAGUGGCUCUCGUGGUCCCGUGCUGCUACUGCUCCACGGAGGAGGCCAUUCUGCUCUUUCCUGGGCAGUAUUUACUGCUGUCAUAUACAGCAGGAUCAACUGCAGGGUGGUGGCUAUGGACCUUCGAGCUCAUGGUGACACUAAAGUGAAAAAUCCUGAAGAUCUCUCUGCAGACACUAUGGCCAAGGAUGUCGGUAAAGUGGUGGAGGCACUCUAUGGCGAGAACCCACCUCCAAUCAUGAUUAUUGGACACAGUAUGGGUGGGGCCAUUGCAGUUCACACCGCCGCCGCUAAUCAUGUCCCAUCACUGCUUGGACUCUGUGUCAUUGAUGUUGUUGAAGGAACAGCAAUGGAUGCUUUAAACAGUAUGCAGAAUUUUCUCAGAAGUCGGCCAAAGACGUUUAAGUCUCUGGAGAAUGCGAUAGAGUGGAGUGUGAAGAGUGGCCAGAUUCGAAACAUAGAGUCGGCACGGGUGUCGAUGGGAGGCCAAGUAAAGAAAUGUGAUGAGUCCACCAGCAGCCCAAGCGUGUCUAAUAGCAUUGGUGAGGGCAUUAUAGAAGAAGAGGAGGAUGAAGAGGUGGAGGAAGAGUCCAACAAGAAAAGAAUGAAGGAAGAUGACCAAGAGAUUAAAAAGGAGAGCAUCUUCACCUGGCGAGUUGAGCUGUCAAAGACAGAAAAAUAUUGGGAGGGCUGGUUCAGUGGUCUGUCCGCCCUCUUUCUCUCCUGCCCUGUGCCAAAACUGCUCCUGCUUGCAGGAGUGGACAGGCUUGACAAAGACCUUACUAUUGGACAGAUGCAAGGGAAGUUUCAGAUGCAGGUCCUCCCUCAGUGUGGUCAUGCUGUUCAUGAGGAUGCACCUGAAAAAGUAGCAGAUGCUUUAGCAACAUUUAUGGUCCGGCACAAAUUCACUGAGUUUAAGGAGGGAUAUCUGUGACGUAACGUCACACAAAUGCGCCUGCAGUGCACACGCAAUCGAUCAAAACACUGACAGCAGUGGAGAACACAGCUGCUGCUGCAGCACCUGUAACUUUUGGGUAAUAACUUAAUGAAAAAGGGACCAGUGUGAAAGAGCGGCAAACUGGAACGUCUGUGUUAUAAAAAUCCAAGACACUGGAUCUACCACAUCCACCUUCAUCCACUUUAAAACACACCUGGAGAGGUUAGUCACUGUAAUAUGAAAGCUAAUGUUAGCAUCUGUGAUAGCAGCAAACUAGCAACAUAAACAUUAGCUUUUCACUUCAUUUGUAUGAAAAUAACAUUAACUCCAUCAAAGUGGCUCCGCUGUGUUCAGAAGGAGACAUUUACUGAACAGUUUCCAUAAACUGCUGACUGUGCUAUGAUUACGUUAAACUGGGAUCAGACCUACUAUAGACAAUGUGGUUUUACUGGUUCUGCUUAUUACAAAUGUGCAGCUGUUGCAGAUUUAGGAAAGAAAGUAUUGUGUCUACAAAUACUGGAUCUAAAUUAUUUAAAAUACUGAGCUCUUUUAUUCAAUUUUAAAAAGUUUACAAUUUUUUCUGUACUCAUAUCAGUUAUUUCAAGCCCUUUAAAAAAAAUAAGAUUUUUAUGAAGCUCUAGUGCAAGGAUCACUAACUAUGGGCAUGUUGAGCCACUAUUCUGCAGAUUUUACAUGUUUACCAGCUGCAACACAUUUAGGUCAAAUUAUUGAUGAGUCAUUAAAAGGUUUGUGCAGAACUUGACAACAAGCAGUCAUGUGGAUUACGUGUAUUGUAGCAGGGAAACGUCUAAAACCUGCAGGACAGCUGGUGAUCCUGCACUAAAGUGCAGCAUAUUGGCCCUCCUCUCUACAUUCAGAAAUAAAUGCUAUGAAUUGCACUGUUAGUUUUUUAAAUGUCUCAGUGGAUCCAGAUGGAUUUUGGUUCACAUUAAAAACUCUUGGAUAAGUUAUGUUAAGAACAUAUUUACUAAUCCGAAUAAAUUCCCAUGUUCAUCUACAGGUUUUCUGAAUUCAGUAAAGCAAAGGAACAGAGCUUUUGUCAGUUUAAGCUAAAGAUCAGUGCUGUUACUAAAUGCUGAUAGAUGAAGGGUGAGUACGAGUUUUACAUUCCUUGGAUAUUAUAAUGUAGGCCAGACCGCAGGCGUCGCAUGGCAGAUUACUCAUUACAACGAAAACUGACUUGCAACUUGACUUGGGCUCGAGGUUAAAGACUUGACUUG